CUUUCAAUGCUUCAAGGAAGCAGUAACGGAAGUAUUUGAGUUUUCGCAGAAACGAAAUAGCCAACAACAAGAGCAGCAGCAGCAGCAACAAAUGACUCAUUUGGCGCAGCAACAAAGUAACAGUGAAUGAACCGUAAAAUUACACCAAGUAUAUCUUCUACCAUUGUCAAAAAAAAAUUAUAAAUAAAAGAGACGCUCUUCUCCUCUUUCUCUCUCUCUCUUCCUUUCUCUUCACCCACCUCCCCAAAUUUCUGCUUACAAGUCAACAAGAUGACUAUCACAAAACUCGAAAACCAGUUGCCUGAACGGCUACCAAAAAUGGUCGUCUUUGAUCUGGACUACACUAUUUGGGAGACCUGGAUCGAUUGCACAAGUGGCCCCCCUUUUGCUUACAGUGCUGAAGAGAACGUUAUCUACGGCAGAGGACGAGAAAAUGUCAAGCUCUUCAAAGAUAUCACAGCAAUAUUUGCGCUAAUCAAGUCAUUCCCGGAUACCAAGAUUGGCAUUGCAUCGCGAACUCACACGCCCGAUUGGGCAAGAGCUGCGCUCAAAAUGCUGCGGGUUCCCGAACUUGGCGGUGCUCCUACGCUACAAAGCCAGAUUGACAUUAUUGAAGCCUAUCCAUCGUCCAAGAUCAAGCACUUCCAAGCCUUGGAGAAGAAAUCUGGAAUUAGCUGCGAAGAGAUGAUCUUUUUUGACGACGAGUGGCGCAACAAGGAGGUGACCACAUUAGGUGUCCAGUUCAACCAUGUGGAUACACGCAAGGGCGUCACCAUGCAACAAUUUAUGGCGUCCCUGAGAAAGUUUGACAAAGAGUCUCGCUAUGUGCAAACCAAACUUGACUUUAGCAAGCAUUAGAAACGAUGUCCAUAUCGUAAUAGCUCCCCUCUCUUCCCCUCCCAACUUCAUAUAUUUUCUGUUUCUCCUUCCCAUGUAGAUCUUUUUUUUUUCAUAUGCAUAGUAUAUAUACCUUACCUAAUAAAAUGGUUCCGUUGAGUCAAGAAAUUGG